AUGCUGUCUGGACCUCUUAGUUUAUCUGUGCUAUCAACCAUAGUAUCUAGAAAACGUUGGAGAAUUCGGGUUUGCCAGUUUGAAAACAGUUGCACGACGUCAAAUUGCCUGCAGUACUUCACCGGAACUUCCGGGGUAAUCACUUCCUUUAACUACGACCAGGCGUCAAUGUUUAAUAGAAGUACCACUCAGUAUUUGAAUAACCUGAACUAUGCAAUAUGUAUACGGAAGGAAGCUGGAUAUUGUUCUAUAACUUACACGAAUGUAAGAAAUGGGGUGGAAUAUCCUUUUCAACUAAAUAAUGUAAAUAGUUCUGGAAUAAGGACAGUUCCGCAAGGACAAGCUGGGGCAGAUGUUAUAAAUUGUCCAAAUGAUUAUAUAAUUUUGGAUGGUUCCAGGCUAUGUGGUGAUAAACUAAAUGAUGGAUUGACCAUCAGGAAUUUUACAUUAAAUGCGCCCAUUACUGAUUCUAGUGCAGGUCCCAUUGUAAUACCUGUAAUGACGGACGGUAGCCUAACAGGUUUAGGGUUUAAAAUAUUUUACACCCUAAAUAGAUGCCCUACGGUAUAG